AUGCCUCGUUUUACUGUACACAUCCGAGAUGAAUGGCUGGCAGUGCCCUGCCGGGACACUUCCAAAACCAUCCAGUGGCUCGGACAGGAAGCGCUUAAACGUUACAUAAAGAACAAACCGGACAACGGCGGCAUCACGGCUGUGAAAGACACACGUUUUGUUGCGCGCAGGUGCCAGGGUUUGGGUCUGCUGGACGCGGAUGACACCAUCGAGGAUGUACUGGAGGAUAAUGACUUUGUCGAGCUUGCUAUUGAAGGAGAUACCAUGUCUCCUGACUUUAUUCCGUGUGAGCCGGGAGUUUCUCAUCUCACGGCAGCAUACAAAGAGCCUGAAGAGUAUAUUUCUUUGGAUGGCAACAGCCUGACGUCAACAGAUCUCAUCAACUUAGGCAGAGGACUCUACAAGAUAAAGCUGACUCCUGAGGCAGAAAGAAAGGUUGUGCAAUCCAGAGAGCUUUUGGACACCAUUGUCAAAGAAAACAAAGUUGUCUAUGGGAUCACAACGGGUUUUGGCAAAUUUGCCCGAACUGUCAUUCCUGUCAGCAAACUCAAGGAGCUCCAGGAAAACUUGGUGCGCUCACACUCAGCAGGUGUGGGGAACCCGUUAAGCCCAGAGAGGACCCGCAUGUUGCUCGCUUUGAGGAUCAAUGUUUUGGCCAAAGGGCACAGUGGUGUUUCUCUUGAAACCCUCCAGGCCAUGAUCCAGGCCUUUAACGCCUCCUGCCUCUCCUUUGUCCCUGAAAAGGGAACAGUAGGUGCUAGUGGUGACCUGGCACCCCUCUCUCACCUGGCCCUCGGACUCAUGGGAGAGGGAAAAAUGUGGUCUCCCACGAGCGGGUGGGCUGAUGCCAAAUACGUCCUGGAGGCACAUGGACUAAAGCCAAUAUCACUAAAACCUAAAGAGGGUCUGGCUCUGAUCAAUGGGACACAGAUGAUUACCUCUCUAGGGGCAGAGGCCGUGGAGCGAGCCCAGGCGAUUGCCCAGCAGGCAGAUAUUAUUGCUGCUCUCACCCUGGAGGUGCUAAAGGGAACCACCAAGGCCUUUGACAGUGACAUCCAUGCACUGCGGCCACAUCCGGGGCAAAUAGAGGUGGCUCAACGCUUCCGCUCACUGUUGGACUCUGAUCACCACCCAUCCCAGAUUGCAGAGAGCCACAGGUUCUGUGACAGAGUCCAGGAUGCCUACACCAUGCGGUGCUGUCCUCAGGUUCAUGGAAUUGCCAAUGACACAAUUGCAUUUGUCCAGAAUAUCAUCAACACAGAAAUCAACAGUGCCACUGACAACCCUAUGGUAUUUGCAGAAAGAGGUGAGACCAUUUCAGGUGGGAAUUUCCAUGGGGAGUACCCAGCUAAGGCUCUGGAUUUUUUAGCCAUUGCAGUCCACGAGCUGGCUUCAAUCAGCGAAAGGAGGAUCGAGAGGUUGUGCAACCCGUCUCUGAGUGAGCUGCCUGCCUUCCUCGUCAACGAGGGUGGACUCAACUCAGGCUUCAUGAUUGCCCACUGCACUGCAGCCGCCUUAGUUUCAGAAAACAAAGUUUUGUGUCACCCAUCGUCUGUGGACUCUUUGUCCACUAGUGCUGCCACGGAAGACCACGUGUCUAUGGGAGGAUGGGCUGCUAGGAAGGCCCUGAGGGUAAUAGAGCAUGUGGAGCAAGUCCUCGCUAUAGAGCUGCUGGCCGCAUGUCAGGGCAUCGAGUUCCUCCGCCCUCUCCGUACCACCACUCCACUGGAGAAGGUCUAUGAACUUGUUCGCAGCGUGGUCAAACCGUGGAUUAAAGACAGAUUCAUGUCGCCUGAUAUUGAAGCGGUUCACCGCCUGCUACUUGAUCAAAAGGUGUGGAAUGUGGCCAAACCUUACAUUGAGAAGUACCAGACAGAGUACAUCCCCGAGUCCCGCCCCGUCUCUCCCACUGCCUUUUCCCUGGACUCUCCGGCCUCCCCCAGGAAGCGUGUUCGCCAUGAAUGA